UGUCGAUAUCCUUGACCAAUUUCAAAGGCGGGAUGUUUGAUUGUUGAAAAUGUAAAAAAAAAAGACGAAGAGUUUUCCUCAAGCAACAUUUUCUAAUUUCAAGAUAACCUGAAAACAUUUUGAAAUUGAUUAUUAAUCGAUUAGGCUAUUCCUCCUUUCUAGGGAACUGGCUGUGAACCACUAAACGGAGCACAAAUUUGCAGAUAAAAUGUUUCCAAGAAAUCCAUCAAAACUUCCAGUUGUCAAAUUGAAAAGUGGACUUGUGAAAAAAGACAUAAAGUUCCCAGCAACAAGUAAAUGUCUUUGGAACCCUACAGAUCAAGGCUCUAUUAUUCCAUUACAUUUUGCACACUAUAGAAAUCCACAGAUACAACUGACAGAGAGGGCAGUGCUGCUAGCUAACCGUCAUGCUUUACAAAGCAAAGAGAACAUCUAUCGUUGCUUCCUUGUGGGCCACUGUUUGCUUAAUACAGAUGAUGAAGGCAUUAUAUUGAUAGUUGAUAGAUUUGACCCAGGUAGCAAUACACCUGGUAGAACAGAGUAUGUGCCAACAACUCUACUCCCAGGGGACUUUGCUGUACCCCUCACUAUCAGCCAGGGAAGUGCAGACUACAUCCCCACCCACUCACAACAGGACAUAACCCACAGUGCAAGGCUUAUUAAUCAUCUAGUUUGCAGUAAGGAGAGCCUAGCAUUUGGCAGGUUACUCCCAUUACGAAUGCACUGCACAUGUUACAACCAUGAUGAUCAUGUGACCAUAGCAAUAGCAAUAAGUUCUGUGACUGUAAGUAAUGAAUAUCAAUUAAGCCCUGUAGUACCAGUUCCAAUCCUUCCUACAGCAUUGGCUCGUAACCUGUCAGGUCCACUGAGCUUGAGUGAGAUACAGAAGACACACAAAAUGGGUUAUAUGACUAUGGACCAAACAAGAAAACUUCUGCUUAUGAUUGAAUCUGAUCCAAAGAUUUCAACUCUACCUAUUGUUGGCCUGUGGUUGAGUGGGAUUUUAUCAGUAUACAGUCCACAUGCUUGGGCAGCCUGCCUGAGAUUCAUGCUCAACAAUAGUAUACAAGAAAGAGUCCUCUCUGAGACUGGAUGUUUUCUUGUGGUGCUCUACACUCCAUCAUCACCUCAACCUGUCUUCUAUCAAUGCCGCCCUCUGGAAGAUGAAAUUUGCUUUCAACUUUAUGAAUGUCAUGAAAACUUGCACUUAAUGAAGAAUUCCAAGAGGUCACCUGUUCUUCUAGAACUGACACCUGCCAAGGAUGGUCCUCAACAGGCAACGUUUCUUGAUGCCAUGCAGAAAUUCAGACCUCAGAGAUCUUCAAGAAAAUCUUCUUUGUCCAAGUCAUCUAAGAUUAUGCCAUCAGCACCUGGUGAAAUUGAGGAACCAAAUCCUCAGCCUAGUCCCAAACCACUUCUUCAUCAGAAUGCAAGUCUAAAGCCAUCUGUUCCCGAGUUAUCUGUGCUAUUUGAUAGUUUUGAUGAAUCUGUUCCCAAAAAUAGUGCACUACAGUCAGGUCAAGUUAACUGUCCAGAUCAGCCAAAUAUUCAUCCACACCUUCAUCCAUACAUGCAUCAGCCAAUGCAUCAAAUGUCACACAAUUCAUCAAGACAUUCACCUGGUCAUGCCAUUACAGACACCAGGCAUCCUCCUUAUCAAAGUGGGAGGAGCUACCAACAUCAUGUUAUUACUCCAGUUACUGGGAGAGGAAUGCCAAUCACUGACACACCCCAUCAUCCUGUGAAAGACAUUAAAUCAAAGAUGAUGCGAGGUAGAGGAUUGCAAAUUAGUUCUCCAGUUCAUCAAUGCCACACAGCACCUGUGAUGCAUACUGGCAUCUCUACUAUGGAAUCUCAGAUUCAUGGUCAUUUAGAUGCCAAUAGACCAGGUAGGAGAAGGAUGUCAGAGCAGAACUAUAACAACAUGCCUUUGAGGGAACAUCGGAGAAUGAGUGCUCCUUCUGCGAAUGGAUGUGCAUGUUCCCAUCAAGGACGCUUGCAGAUCCUGCCCUCCCCAGCAUCGUGUUUAGAAAGUCCAAGUCAUGAAAGGAGCUGUCCCAACAUGCCAGGCACUAAUGCAGUUGAUACAAAAGCUGAUGUGACAGCUGAUCACCAGAGUAAUUUUGUUCGCAGCAGGAAUCCAGCAGGUAGUCAUCAGCCACUAACAUGGCCAAGUCAUUCUACACCAGCAACUACUGGAAACCACUACCGUAGUCAUGAUGAAGAUUAUAAAGGAGUCCAAAAUAGUGCACCUUUGUCAGAAUAUCAAAGAGGUUUACACCAGCACCCAAAACAAAGUAUGCUAUCGCCAGUACAGCAGAAUGAUGCCAGAGAUUGUUCUGGCUCAGCAUCCUGCCAACAUCAUUCAACAGAAAGUUAUGGAUCACACCAUCUGAAUGAAAACCACCCAGCUAGUCAAGAUGCAUCAUGUUUAAGUAAUCAGUCAGCUAGCCGACCUGGUCCUGAUGAACAUACUCUGCAACAGUUGAAAAGACAAGAUGAGUUGAUCAAAGAUCUGCAGGCUCAGGUUCAGAGAUUGUUAUUGGCUCAAGCUCCCCAGAUUCCAGCUCCUUUAACACCACCAGCAACACCAGUACAUCAACUUUAUGACCAGAAAAUACAGACUGCAGCAAAACCAGAUAUGUUGCCUUCAGCAGAAAAUAAAACAGUGUGUAAUAUAUCUGUGAACACUGGGGCUAGCCUUUACUUGGCUAAUGAUGAUGAUGUUCCAAGUCAAUUGGGUAAGGGAGCACUUGAGCAUAACCAGUCUAAAGAUGAACCAAAAGCUAACAAAACCCCUUUAACAGCAACAAAUCAAGGUGUAACUAAAGAAGGAAAUAGUGUACCAUUAGAGAAAAUUCAGACCUCUGGAUCAAACUGUGCAAUAGAUCAUCAGAUUGAAAUGGCAGAGAGCAUCAAGAAUCAAGAUGGUUUAUCAGCAAGAGAAAGCAGCGUCACAGACCUUGAUGAUACUCUGCCUGAUCCGCAGCUUCAAAAUGAUACCAGGAGUUUUGCAUCUUCACUUACUGCUGUUGAUUUACCAAAUUUUAAUGAUGAACAUGUUACCACACCACAGAGACACGUUGAGAAUCUGACCGACAGCAUCACAAGUCCUUUGCUUGGUGAAAGUGCCAGCAUGCUGGUCCGGAGGCCAAAUGCCUUCAUAGAGGGCAGCAUAAUCCGUCAAGCUGAUAGUUUACUCUACAAGGAUGAAGCUAGAUUUUAUGAUGAUUUACUGGGUAAAGUAAAGCAGAUACUGCAGGGAAGCGAGCCAACAGAGAUGAAUACCACCCAAUCAAAACAAGAUACAGAACUUCAUGCAACCUUAGUACAAGAAAAAUUUGAGCAGAAAAAUCAAUCUGAAAGUGAGGUUGAUGAAGAUGAAGAAGAGGAGAAGGAGGAUGAAGAAGAGGAGGAGAAUGAGGAUGAGCUGAAAUCUGGAGAUAGUAUGUAUUUGUCAAUGGAUGUCUUUCCCAAGAUCAACUAUCACUCCAUAAUAGACAUGUCAAUGGACAGUAGUAACCUAAGCAUGGAAGCCAAUGCCAUAGCCAUGAAGUAUCUGAGUGACCAGCAACUCGCUGCUAUGUCUGAAUCGUUCAAGACCACUAAGGAUCCGAGUGCUCGAACAGCAAUUUUGAAUAAGUUAUCUGAUAAAAGAGGGGUGGAUAUAAGUACAGGGGGUGGUGUCAACAUGUCAAUGGCAAGUAUGAAAUACUUGGAAAAACAUGGUCUGCUUGAUACAUCAAUGAACCUGAAUAGGAAAGUAAGUAAAGGAAAAGGAAGAAAAAAGGUAAAACAGAAACCUAAAGAAAACAAGAUUUUAAAGAAUAAACGGAAGCGAGAGGAGUCAUCGAGUGAAGAUGUUGAUUAUUCCUUCAUGGGACAAGGUAGUAUGGUUGAGCCAUUUAUGUUUACUCAGGGUAAUGAGAGCCAAAUAAAUCAAAUUCCAACUACACCCAAACCAAUCCUUGUAUUUGAUAAUCGUAAGCGAGAUUUGGAAAGUGUACAUCCUAAGAAUGUUUCCUGGAACAUUGGAAAUGCAGGUUCACCAAGGACACCACUUCAAACUAUAACAAACAAAGCAGAACCAGAAACAGGACGUGGAGCAAAAGUAGAAGAUGGUGUUAAAAAUAUCUUGGAUGUUAAUCGUUUGAAACAGUUGCCAAAACUUCUGUGAGUGUAAAUUUAGCUGUACAGUAUUUAUUUAGUAAAUUAUGCAAUAAUUAGUAUUCAUUAUUGCAAUUAAAUUAAUUAAUUAAUAAUAAUGUUAUCUUAUAAAGUGCAACAAAUAUCCAUAUACUGUAGAAUGAUCACAGGCGCUAAGAAAAGUCAAAUAUUCUGAAAAAACUUAGUACAAACUCAUUAAAAUCAAUAUACAGUAUUAAGAAACCAAAAAUAAAAAACACUAAAACCUUUUGUAACAUUAUUGCAUGUAUUGGUCUUUAAAUAUAAUUUUGUGUGACUGAAAAAUUGAUAAAUGUGAUUGACUGAUUUAUUGAUAGAAUUUAAUGGAAUGCAAGGUACCACGUAUGGUUGUUUUCAAUAGCAAAUUGAAAAAAAAUAAUUUGAUAUUUAAAAGAUAUAUUAAUGUAACUCCAGAAUAGCAUGUGGAAUGUCUGAUUUACAUGAUUAAAGUGAAACAUUUUCUGAA